GAUUUGCGGCAUUCGACUUUGUGAAGCCGUAGCGUGAACAUCGCUGCUGUUGCUAGACUCAGGUCUUCGUUAGUCGAGUUCAGUGUUCAGCUGCUGGAGAAUCAACUGACUGCUCGCGAGCGAGGAAAAGCCGGCGAUUAGAGUGUCAACACUGUUGUCUUCUUGUGAUCGUGAACGCUGAUAUCUUCCUUAUCUUGUGGAAUUUGUUGAAGUAUUGUGUGUGAACUCGUGAACAUUGAUUAAUUCCUCCGUAAACAUUGUUAUUACGUUUUGUUCAUCUCAGUUGACAGUACAUUUGUCUCUUACUUGUUCGCGAUUGACUCGAGAACUUUUCACUCUGCGCUGUUCAAUUCGUGAUCCUUGUAUACUUUACAUGUGAUAAGUGAAAAACUUAUUGGAUUUCAACGUUUUUCCAAUGAUUUUCUUUUUAGUUCAACUAUCAGUUUCAAGUGAACCAUCAUAACUGUUGAAUUUGGACUAGCGAUUUUUCAUAAGUGAAGUCCUCACUCUAGGAUUCUGUGUAUCUGAGAACAUUGCAAUGACUAAGGUGCAUUUUGUGAAGUGAUUUUUCAUUGUAAACAAUUUUCUCACAGCGGGACUGUUUACAGGUGCAUCACCAAGUAUCAAGUCAGGUUCAUACUUGUAAAUAAAACUUUCCGUGUUGAGUAACAAGACUAUCUCAUCUUGUCACCGUGAUUAUUAGUUAAAAUUGUUGGAAAUCCAAUGAUUGGACUCAACAGUAAGUGAUUGAGGGACUGUUAGCUCCGAGUGAGGUUCUCUCUGGAGAACACCACACCAAGUGUUCGCAGCACUCUUUGAGUGAUAUUAUUUAUUGAGCGUGAUAUCGGUGUUUUCUCGUUGGCGCACCUGGAGUUUCGCGUUUCGCUGGAGGACGGUCGUCACGAGAUGACAGCCGGAGUUGCAAGUGCAACCAUGCCGGCACACCACCUCAGCAGAUCGCGCUUCAUGAUCACCGACAUCUUGGGGGCAGCGUCGCCGCCUUCACCCUCACCGCCUGCCGGGGGCGGUCACCACCACAGCCUCCACCACGAGCGGCCGCGCGACCUGUCGCUGCACUGUCGCAGCGAUCGCAGCGGCAACGGCGACUUGUCGGCCGCCGAACUGUCCGAUGGUCACGAGAGCGGCACUGACUCCGGGCUGCCCGGUGAGACUUCCUCCGUCUGUUCCAAUGGUCACAAAGAAGACGAGAGUGGGAGGAGUUCAAGUCAUAGUCUUAGUAAAAAGCAGAGAAAAGCGAGAACGGCGUUCACAGACCACCAACUACAGACCCUCGAGAAGAGCUUCGAACGACAAAAGUACCUCAGCGUCCAGGACAGAAUGGAACUAGCCGCCAAAUUAUCACUCAGCGAUACUCAAGUCAAGACCUGGUACCAGAACAGGAGGACGAAAUGGAAACGACAAACAGCGGUUGGCCUAGAACUACUGGCUGAGGCGGGCAACUAUGCAGCCUUCCAGAGGCUGUACGGCGUUGGCAGUCCAUACGGCUGCUGGCCGUACCCGGGGGCAUCGACGGCCCCCGCUGCAGCCGACAUCUACUAUCGUCAAGCUGCCGCCGCCGCAGCUGCAGCUGUCAACACACUGCAAAAGCCCCUCGCCUAUCGGCUUUAUCCCGGAGUGGCGGGGCCGUCUCACCUGCCGCCGCCUCCGGCUAGCGCCGCCCCCUACUACCAUCACCCGCCGCCGCCCCGCACUCCCACCCCCGACUCACGGCCUCCCUCCGUCGACUCUGUCGAUGUUGAAGACGAUUCACCCGACUCGCCGAUAUCAGCGUCUAAACGACAGAAGGUGUGAAUUCAUUCUUCGUGAAAAGACUGAAACUAGUGAUCUUCAGCGGAAAAUCGUCAUAUAUAAAUGCAAUUCUUAGAGAAAGGACUCCAAAUAAUUUGAAAUCAUCGUUGAAUCCGAUGUUUCAGUUGUAUUUUGUGUAAAGUGAACUCUGUAUCAUCGAUCAAAUCGUAUUCUGCAAUAAUUGACUCUGAAAUAUGAGAAAAUAGUAAACUUUAUAUCUCUGAAAUCGUGUUUCAAUACAAUACUCUCUUGACAAAAAGCAUUUACUACACAAGUUACGUACAAAUUCGUCUAACGGUAGUAUCCUUUUUCCGCUAUAUAGGCUAACAUCGUCGGAAGUAAAUCAAGUAUGGUUAUUGAAACCGUUUUCGAAUGCUUUCUGGCAAAAAACUGUGGUACUGGAAGUUAAAAAUCUCCGUAAUUUUCAUUAUGUCUGAUUUAGAUCGUUAAAAGACUAUUCAUGAUGAGAUAAUCCGCUUUUUGAAGUACCGUAUUCGAAUGUAAUGUGGAGACUAUUAAAUCAAAUAAAUCGUCGGGAUUCAUGAGUUGAGAACUAUUUAGCAAUCAGAACUCAUCAUGCAAGUUUUGUUUUUAUUUAUAGUCGAUGUUCAAAAUGUGUGUCUAUUGUAUUGGCGCUUGGGAAACCUCAUAGUGCGAAAAACAUCUCAUUCUCUUUGAGUCAGUCAGAUAGCAUAUCAAUACAAAUGAUUUCAGAUUCUUCACGAUAGAACGGUUAAUCUGGUUCUCCAAAAACUGGAAUUGUAUGAAAUUCCUUUGAAGAAUCAUGGAAUUGAUCCUGCUUGUCAGAAGUCAGAAAAGAGAUUCAAAGACCAGAUAAUUGCAUAUCUCGUCUCUAAAAAGACUUUUCAAAUUGUAUUUAUUGUAAACAUUAGGCUAAGCUAGCUUUUAUCAGAAACUUUUGGAGACUAAUCAUCCUGUUCGAAUUAAAUAUUUUCACAACUUAGCUGAAUAAAAAUUCAAAGUAAAAAGGAAUUCAAAGUAAAGUUGAAAAAUUCAUCGAAGCAUUGUAUCUGCAGCCCCAACAUUGUUUCUGAUCGAGUUGAUUAUCCUUUUUCUAACUUAAAAAUUUGAACAUGUUCAGUAUAACUGCAAUGAAUCUCCUUUAUAGUAGUACUGAUCAGAAAAAUUAUUCAAAACAAAACUAUUAUGAAGAUGCCAUUCAUGUAUUUUAUUAAAUGAUUUACGCUAUUCCUUAUUGACCAAGUUCAGUAACUUUUCACACUUAGGGGAUACUCCCCAACUAUAUAGUAUUAGUGCCAUCAUUUACUCUUGAAAUCAGAAAAAAGUUGGAAAAGUAAUAAUUUCUUUGUUAUUUAAAUGAAUUCUCAUACGAGAACUCUCGUUUUAGAGUUCGAAUCACUUCAAUUGAGUCCUGUACAAGACAUUCCAUAGUCAAGAGCUUACUUGAAAAUUAAUUUAAAUUUCAAAUGGUCUUCCAUUAAUAUUACUUUUUCCAGUUGCUUUUUUAGUUGACAUUCAUUAUAAAAUGUCCUUGAAGUUAGUAUAUUAGAAUCAUCAUCCUCAAGUCACAAGUAUAUCAGGUAUCAGAUAUUAUAAACUAUUCUACACCGUUCUCAUGUUGAAAAUGAUUCAGUUAUAUUUUCUUUCAUCAGAAUACCAGUUCGAUACUAAAACAUUCCUUGUUAGAUUAAUGAAAUGUACAGUAUUAUUAGAUUUGUAUGUUAAUUGAACUAAAAUGAUGCCUAGAGUUGUAGGAGCUGUCUAAUAAAUAGGGUUUGUAAAUGAUUUAAAUAUAUUAUUGGAAUCAUCAUAAACAUGCAAUGUUUUAGGGACUUUGAAUUCGACUAUAAUGAUCGAAACUUAGGAUCUACCAAGAAUGUUUACAUUAUAUCUAUUGAAACGUGCAAUAACUACUACUAAUAACUACUUUCGCAUUCACUACACUUUUCUAUUGUACAAGGAGGAAAUUAGUCACUUCUAUUCAAUCGGUUAAAAAAUGAAAGUUCAAUUAAAACAUGAUACACAACUCACUCUCGAAGUUUGUGGAACCAAAUCCAAAAAUCAGAAAUAAUACUUUUUUAAAGAAAUUGCAAUGAUCAAACCUAUUACAUGGAAAUGUAGGAGCCAUAAGUCUGUGAGUAACACACGGUUAUGAAGACAUCGAGGAAUUUCCCUAAACACUUCUGCAAUACUUGGCAUCGUCUUAUUAUGUGUAUGAAUAUGUAAUAUAUGUAGAUAGAUCGAUUUUAUAUUCCUCGAUUAUUACCUCGAAUUUAUUGUUAUAGUAAAAUAAUAGUGUGUAACAGUAUUGUAUAACAGAACUGUGACAGCCCUCAGAUCUUACUACCUACUAACUUUGUACUUUUCAGCUUUUAAACCACAGCUAUGAAACAAACCCAAGUAUCUAAAUGAAGUUUUUCUAUAGAAACUGAUAAGCUUUUCAAUAAAAUUGUUAAUAAAAUACUAUGCUUAAUGGAAUGAAUGAUUGAAAGUGGACAUUUAUUUAUUAAGUUUGCUGCUGAAAACAAAAAUGUAUUUAUUUGUCUUACAAAGUGGUAGAUCUUAAGAUAAUUACCUGUUCAAAAAUGAAAAACGUAGCUGUGAAUGAAAAUAACUUCAUAGAGCUUUGUAAAUAAAAUAUUGAUUAUCGUAAUAGUAUAAAUGUAAUAAUAUACAUUAUUGAAAAGUUGUUAAUGAAAUUAAUGAGAAUAAAUUAAUGAUACAAUCAA